AUGGCAAGUGCAGCAGUUGUUUUAAACGAAGUUCUACAAGCUUCACCAGAGAAAGAUAAUUUCAUGAGGUUAUCAAGGCUUCUGAAUUCCGGAGGAUCUAAGAUCGUUAGUGGAUUCUUUGAUUCUAAGGUCCCUGAUCUGGCAAUCAAACUGAGCGAUCCACUUGUGCUUAACGUGCUACAGCGAUUGAAAAAGAAAAAAGUUAUAAACGAUUCUGAAUGGAACAAACUUUUCCCUCCCAGUGGAAAUGUGGACUCAAAGUCAUUCGAUCUGUCGUUGUCAAUUAAAUUACUAAGGCAAAAAGAAAUUUAUAAUGGUCUUGGGAAUCCUAUGAAUGGAUGGAACAAUCUUCCAAGCCAGGCAGAUACUUCAAUCGAAGCAGAUAUAGCAAGAAUGAGAUGGUACCGUAACACAUUCGCACAUGCUGAUGCCUUGGAAGUUAGUCAUGCUGAUUUUGAGAAUUAUUAUGAUGAUAUUAAGGGUGCUUUACUUAGGAUUCUAGCUUCAUACAGUGAUUCAUCUAGUGUUACCCAGUGCGAGAAGAAGAUUGAUGAGUUUCGUACUGCUCCUCUGAGUACUAAGGAUGUUGAACAAGUUAGGGAAAGUUUGGGCUGCUCAGGUAAUUUUAGGGAUAAAGAUCAUAAGUUGACAUGCCCACCUGGACUGGACUCAGAAUGGUAUUUUGGUAAACCCAAACUUUUUUGUUCCAGAUACCAGUCAGGUAAACUAACAAAAGAGUUAGAAACAAUUCUGAUAACUCACGAGCUGAGACAGCUUGCUAAGAAUGACGUGGUGAAAUUAGACGUCUUUGUUAGUGAAGACGAAUACAAAAGAGCACAAGAACAGCUAGAAGCCAAAGAAGGAGAGGAACUGUUGGAAGAAUUUGAGACCAAAAUAAGAAUCGAGCAAAAAACCUCUAAACUUGAGAUUUUUGAUGGAGAUAUUGUUGAAGAUGGCGAAAACAGGGUUCAAGCUCAUCUUGCUGUUAUAACAUCCAAGGACCAGGUCGAGGAGGUUUUGGCUGAGCUGAAGAAAAAAGAUCCUGAUGUUGCUGAGGCGACGCAUAACAUCUGGGCCUACAGGAUCUUUGAUGACAAAAGAAAUGCCUACGAUGAAAAUUGUGAUGACGAUGGCGAUGAUACUUCUGGAGCGAAACUCCUUCGCUUUUUACAAAGAACUCGAGCUACAGAUGUGAUGGUUGUUGUGUCGUGUUGGUAUGAGACCACUGCAGAAGAAUUAGGGGAAGUUAGGUUCAAGUGCAUCCAAAAGAGCGUUCUGGACUUAUUUUUGACCCAUAGGAUAGUGAGAAUUCCAUCGUGGAAAAUAAAGAAAUUUUACGAAGAGAUUAAAUACAAGCCAUUUGAGAAAGAGCAAGAAGCCCCAAAGUUUGAAAUUCUUCAUGGAGAAACCAUCGAAGAUCGCAAGAGCACAUUCCAAGCUCACCUUGCCGAUAUCACAUCUCGAGAACAGGUUGACCAAGUGUUGAACGAGCUGAAGAAAGACCGUAAGAUUGCAAAAGCAAAGUACAACAUGUGGGCUUGUAGGAUCUAUGAUGAAAAGAAGAAAUCCUACAUUGAAGAAGGUAACGACGAUGGCGAAAAUUUAGGAGGAGAAAGGUUGUUGCAUUUGCUGCAAAGGAGCGACGCCAAGAAUGUGGUUAUCAUCGUGACUCGCUGGCACGGUGGAAUACAUCUGGGGAAUGAUAGAUUCAAACACAUUAAUAAGUGUGCUAGCGACCUUCUGCAACAAAGAAAGAUUGCUGAAACUAGUACGAGCACAGCAUCUCCUGACCCGAAAGCCUCGACGGGAAAGGGAAAGAAGUCGCGCAAGUAAUAUAUAUAUAUAUAUAUUUUUAUAUAUUAUAGAAAGACCAAAAAAUUAUAGAUGAAAGAAAGUCCUGUUGUAGAUGAUAUGCCUGAAAAAGAGUUUCCACGAGUUUAAAAAAAAAUUGAAAAAUUUAAAAAAAUUAAUUGAAAUAGUUUUUUUGGGAUAAUUUCUUCAUCAAGUACAACGUUGUGAUCUUCUUGUACUCAUAAUUGUGCUUAAUAUACCAAAAGUGGUAUAAAUAUAAAAGUUCCUGGAAAUACGAAUGGUCAAAAAAGAAUGAUUCACGUUUUUUGUUUUAUUGUUUAGACCAGUUUUCGUUUGACUCAGUGAAAAGUCGGUGCUGUGUGCGUGCAUGCCUUGCGGCGACCGCGAGGUUUUUGCCAGAAUUUUGAUUGGGUUUUGAGCUUUUUUUCUCGCACAAUGUGAUUGGACUGGCAGUGCCGUGACAUUGGCGUGACCUUGUCUGGGGCGUGUUCAUGCCUUGUUUCAGGUAUUUGAUUGGAUGGAGAGUAAAUUCUCGUUUAAUGUGAUUGGUCUGGCGUAUGCAUUGCCUUGUCACGAUCAAUAACCGUGUUCGUACCGUGUGCUUCUCUCAGUCAUACAAAAACUGCUCUAUUUCAGUGCGUGACCAAGUUAAACGGUUUUAGGUAACGUCUACACUAUACUAAAGCCCUGGCUAAACGAGGAAACAUUUUYCCAGAACUGUUUACCGCGCGCAUGUUUCCCCAAUGUUUCCCAGUUUAUCCACACAUGCGAAACGUUGCUGCGUGCAAAAAAAUUUUGCUUCCAAAAAUGUUUCUGCUGUGCGGCAGAAACAUUUCAUGCUUCCAAGACGCAUGGAAACAAUGUUUCCCGAUGUUUGCUCGUUUAGCCACAAAAAAGUCAGCAUUCUAAAAGUUCGUUACUUGGCAACGCUCGCUCUGUCUUGUCAAAACAAGAUGGCGGACGAGGAGGUGCGCAUGCGCUAACCGAUGUURAGUAAACAUGUUUCCCGUUUCUGGAACACGUUUCUUCGUUUAGCCAGUGUCUAAAUGCGUAUUCGAAACGCUUUUUUUUGUCUCAACGAAAAGGUAUCACGUUCACGCGUUUUCGCCCGUUCACAAAACUGAAACGAUUUCUAUAUUAUUCUAACUACGGCCGUAGGAAAGUUGUAUUGAAUACAAGACGCYAGAAAAAACUACUGUGUUUUUAAUUUAAUUAUCCUGUCUGCUUGAAAUAUUGAUUUAGCACACACUUUCUUAAACUUUUUCCUAUGUUUUUCAGUAAACACUUUUAUCUACAA